AGCUAGGAGAGCCCAGGUCAGCGGCGGACCGAGGGUGGCGUGUGCGGUCAGGAGGCCAGAGCUUCGAGAGAUCCAGGCUGCGGCUCCGCUGAGGGGCCGGCGGUGUGAGCCAGGGAUCCGCGGGGCUGAGGGACGCUCAGGAGCGGCGAGGCUCGCGGCCCGAAGGAUGGGCCGAUGGAAGAAACCUGACAUCUAGAGGCAGCAGACUUGUUUCAGAUUCAUGCCUUAUCAGUUCUUAAGUUUGUGUAUUGGGAGCAUCCCUUGCAAGAUGUCCGCACUAAGGAUCUGGCUAAUGCAAGCUUUGCUUAUUUUCCUCACUACUGAGUCUAUAGGUCAACUUGUGGAACCAUGUGGUUAUAUCUACCCUGAGUUUCCAGUUGUCCAGCGUGGCUCUAACUUCACUGCCACUUGUGUGCUAAAGGAGAAGUGUCUGCAGGAGUACUCUGUGAAUGCCACUUACAUCGUGUGGAAGACAAACCAUGUUGCCGUUCCCAAGGAGCAGGUCACAGUCAUCAACAGAACGGCAUCCAGUGUCACGUUCACAGACGUGGUCUUUCAGAACGUCCAGCUCACCUGCAACAUCCUGUCAUUCGGACAGAUCGAGCAGAAUGUGUAUGGAAUCACCAUACUUUCAGGCUAUCCUCCAGAUAUACCUACAAAUUUGAGUUGCAUUGUGAAUGAGGGGAAGAACAUGCUGUGUCAGUGGGACCCAGGAAGGGAGACAUACCUUGAAACAAACUACACUUUGAAGUCAGAGUGGGCAACAGAGAAGUUUCCUGAUUGCCGAACAAAGCAUGGCACGAGCUCCUGCAUGAUGGGCUAUACCCCCAUCUAUUUUGUCAACAUCGAGGUCUGGGUGGAGGCCGAGAAUGCCCUUGGGAAUGUCUCCUCAGAGCCUAUCAAUUUUGACCCCGUGGAUAAAGUGAAACCCAAUCCACCUCAUAAUUUGUCAGUGACCAACUCAGAAGAAUUAUCCAGUAUAUUAAAGCUAACAUGGGUCAAUUCAGGUUUGGACAGUAUUUUAAGGCUGAAGUCGGACAUCCAAUAUAGGACCAAAGAUGCCUCAACUUGGAUUCAGGUCCCUCUUGAAGAUACAGUGUCUCCCCGGACUUCGUUCACUGUUCAGGAUCUCAAGCCUUUUACAGAAUAUGUGUUUAGGAUCCGGUCCAUUAAGGAGAAUGGGAAGGGCUACUGGAGUGACUGGAGUGAGGAGGCGAGCGGGACCACAUAUGAAGACAGACCAUCCAAACCACCAAGUUUCUGGUAUAAGGUAAAUCCAAACCAUCCACAGGAAUAUAGAUCUGCACGGCUCAUAUGGAAGACAUUGCCCCUUUCUGAGGCCAACGGGAAGAUCUUGGAUUAUGAAGUGGUUCUUACACAGUCCAAGUCAGUUUCGCAAACUUACACAGUUAACGGUACAGAGUUGACAGUAAACCUCACCAAUAACCGCUAUGCAGCGUCUCUAACAGCAAGAAAUGUGGUCGGCAAGUCCCCCGCAACCAUCCUCACCAUCCCCGGCUCCCACUUCAAAGCUUCUCACCCCGUAGUGGAUCUUAAAGCAUUUCCAAAAGAUAACCUGCUCUGGGUAGAAUGGACUCCGCCAUCUAAACCUGUGAACAAAUACAUCCUAGAGUGGUGUGAGUUGUCAGAGAACUCACCCUGCAUCCCAGACUGGCAGCAAGAAGAUGGCACUGUGACUCGGACCCACUUAAGAGGAAGCCUACUGGAGAGCAAGUGCUAUCUGAUCACAGUAACCCCAGUGUUUCCCGGUGGGCCUGGAAGCCCUGAGUCCAUGAAGGCGUACCUCAAACAAGCAGCUCCUUCAAAAGGACCGACUGUUCGGACAAAGAAAGUGGGGAAAAAUGAAGCUGUCUUAGAGUGGGACCAUCUUCCUGUUGAUGUCCAGAAUGGAUUUAUUAGAAACUACUCCAUAUCUUAUAGAACCAGUGUUGGAAAAGAAAUGGUUGUGCGUGUGGAUUCUUCUCACACAGAAUACACACUGUCCUCUUUGAGUAGCGAUACACUGUACAUGGUCCACAUGGCAGCGUACACAGAUGAAGGUGGGAAGGAUGGACCGGAAUUCACUUUUACAACACUAAAGUUUGCUCAAGGAGAAAUCGAAGCCAUAGUUGUGCCUGUGUGCUUAGCUUUCCUCCUGACAACGCUGCUGGGAGUCUUGUUCUGCUUUAAUAAACGAGACCUAAUUAAAAAACACAUCUGGCCGAAUGUCCCAGAUCCUUCAAAGAGUCAUAUUGCCCAGUGGUCACCUCACACCCCCCCAAGGCACAAUUUUAACUCCAAAGAUCAGAUGUACUCAGAUGCCAAUUUCACUGACGUAAGCGUUGUGGAAAUAGAAGCAAACAACAAAAAGCCUUGUCCAGAUGACCUGAAAUCCUUGGAUCUGUUCAAGAAGGAGAAAAUAAGUACAGAAGGGCACAGCAGUGGCAUUGGGGGGUCCUCGUGCAUGUCCUCUUCUAGGCCCAGCAUCUCCAGCAGUGAGGAGAACGAGUCUGCUCAGAGCACCGCAAGCACGGUGCAGUACUCCACCGUGGUGCACAGCGGCUACAGGCACCAGGUGCCGUCAGUGCAAGUGUUCUCAAGGUCUGAGUCCACCCAGCCCCUGCUAGACUCCGAGGAGCGGCCAGAGGACCUGCAGCUGGUGGAUAAUGUGGACAGCGGUGACGAGAUCUUACCCAGGCAACAGUACUUCAAACAAAGCUGCAGUCAGCCUGGAGCCAGUCCAGAUGUCUCACACUUCGAAAGGUCAAGCCAGGUUCCAUCAGGCAGUGAGGAGGAUUUUGUCAGACUGAAACAGCAGCAGGUUUCAGAUCACAUUUCAGAGCCCUAUGGCUCCGAGCAACGGAGGCUGUUUCAGGAAGGUUCUGUGGCAGAUGCUCUUGGCACAGGGACUGAUGGACAGAUAGAGAGAUUCGAAUCUGUUGGAAUGGAGACAGCGAUCGAUGAAGACAUUUCCAAAAGUUACUUGCCACAGACUGUAAGACAAGGUGGCUACAUGCCACAGUGAGGGGCCGGCUCCUGCGGGACCUCAGCGGGACUGCGAAGUAAAGCUAAAAUGCUCGUGACUUCAGAUGGGAAAUAAUCUUCACUCCCUGACGAUAAUCAUUGCCUUUAAGGACAAAGUCACAACUGGGCCAUCUGCAUUCCAGAGUAUCUGGGAUUCUCCUUCAAGCACUACAUGAACUGACUUUAUCCUCUGAGUAGCUGGAGGACUCUGCUGUUUCAGAAUGUUUGCACUGCUGAAAACUAAGUGUGUCUGAGUUUGUAAAGCUUUUGUUUCUCCAUAGAAAAUGGGGGAUUUAAAUGAGCCGAGCCGUGGCGUUGCUCAGCUGUGCUGGUUUGAUGAGACUGACCAUUCAGAUGCCGGGGGCAGAGGUCUAGCCCUCCUCAGCCAGCAGCUUCGUGUCAGAGUGCCCCGGGCAGACUGCCCCGAUUGUGUCACCUGUCAAAAAAAAAGAGUGGAGGGGGCGGGGUGGUUCAUUUCUGGGUUUGUUAUUAGAGAAUCUUGGCUUGUUCCUUGCCGUUGGUAUCGAUGCUUCCAGUUAUUACUGAAGAAAAGGACGAACUUUCAAGAGAAGCAGCAUAGAAGUACCCAUUACCUUAUAUUCACCUAAAACCUCACGAAAACCUGCUUAUUAGUGAUAACAUUUUUCAAAGUCAUUUUCACCAACCCUCUAGUGGACCGGGCUGGCCUCAAACUCACAGAGAUUUGUCUGCCUCAGCCUCCGGAGUACUGGGGUUAAAGGCAUGCACCACCACCGCUUGACGUAAAAAUUGCUGUUUUUAAAGACUUAAGUUGCUGACAUUUUUCUGAACGUAUAUAAACACACCAGGGACAGAUGAUUCCAGAUGUUGGUGGAGGAAGCACUUUAUCCAGAAUGUCUUCAACUGUACAUUACUUUAAUUGACUCCACCUUAUUUUUGUUUUUAAGACUAGCAAGGUGUUUGCUGAAAGGUGGCAUUGCCCAGAGGCUCAGGCGAGUCCCAGAACUCACGCACCGAUGUCUGUGACCACCACCGUGGCAGAAGUCCUCCUAAGCUGACGAAGCCGUGAGGGUUUUGUUAGUUUGCUGGGCGGGGAUUGAACCCACAGCCUUGUACAUGCUAGACACUACCACUGAGCUCAUCUACACAUCUCACUAUGUUACGUAGGCUCAAGUGAUCCUCCUGUCCCAGCUUCCUGAGUGUCUGGGACUUCGGGUGUGUGCUGCCACACACCCAACCAGGUAGUUUUAAUAUCUGCCAUUUGUGAGGUAGAGUUUUACACAGGAUUUAGGACUAUCUUAAACCUGUUCCUUAGGUUGCUUUGUUAAGGAGUAGCCUGGACAUCCGGCGUUUAGCACUAAAGCCAUUAUGUAUGUGCCUAACUUUCCAGUGACAUGGAGAUGAAGGCUAAAGGUAGACACUGGGUGGACAGGAGUUGGCUGAGCGCCAUUAGUGGUUGAUUACCACCAAGUGUGCUCACAGGAAAAGGAUUAAAGUUUCAGAACAUGGGCCCUUAAUCAUUCAUAGUCGCUGCCCCACAGUGGCUGAGGAGGAGUUGAUGUGCACUGAGCUGGAUGCGGUUUUGCUGUUCACUCUCAGAUGGCUGUUAAUAUUCUACUUGUGAUGUGUUAUCGUUAUAUUUUUAUACUAGGUAAUCCUGUUCUGAGUCCUUUCACAUGUAUAAUCCUCAUGGGACUGUAUGUGCUUUGCUCUGGUAUUCAGUUGCCUUCUUGGCAAAACCAGCCUAGAAUUGCUAAAAUGCCAGGAUUGAAGGUAGAUGAUGAAAGUCGGGCACAGGAAGGCCAGGUCAGGGUCAGAGAGACCAGAAUUGACACUACAAGGCUGGCACCAUCACCAUUCAAGUUGGGCAAGCCUCGGCAGGACUGAGCUCCCUAUGUAUGUGUAUCUGCCAGGAAAUUAUCACUUGCUAAAUUUCCCAUCCUCUCACAGCGAGCAGUGUACCUGUGUGCUGCUGUGAACGUUGUAGUGUGAAGUCUGUCCCGGGGUAGGGACAGUUAGUUACCCAGUGUGAGUUCAGGGAUGAACACAGCUCACUGAAGACGAGCCUGGUGGAAGCGAGUUUGCCGUUGUGCCCACUGCAUGAACAUUCCCUCGGGGGAUGUAUCAUGGAGCACCUCUCUUUGCUCUAAGAAAGAGUCUUAGAAUUCAUCUUAAAUACAGACUUUGCUACAGCAUGUUUAAGAAUAAUCUGGAUGCACGUAACUUGUAUUUUAGGUAGGCAGAGAAACUAAUCUGGCUGCUUUCUGUAAAACCAGUCUAAUAAAGCUAAUUCUAUACA